AUGAACGUCAACUCGAAUCCUAGUGGCAACGCUAUGCAAGCAACGGCCUCAUAUAAUGGCAAGACCGCGAUCCUGGACGCGAUACAUGCGCGAGUGGGCGUCUACGACGCGGUGACGCAUAGCGCUGCGCGCCUCGAACCGCGAAGCGAACGCCGCGCGCACUUGGACGACGAACUUGUGGCAGUUGACACUGCGCUCGCCGAGCUUCGACGACGACGCAACCUGCUGUCGCCCGCCUCGGCUUGUCCUCCCGAAGUCCUGUCGUCCAUAUUCCGCUUCCUUUCGGAGCUCGAGCCCAACCACUACCCGGACCCGAAGGACUUUGUUGGCGUAGUGAAGGGCGAACUGCCCCCGCGCAUGGGGUGGAUGAAGGUCGUCCAUGUUUGCUGCUCUUGGAGACGGGCGGCGCACGCCGACGCGGGACUGUGGACGACGGUCACGACGAGUCUUGGGAUGCGAUGGGCGGAUGAGAUGGUGCGAUUGAGUAGGGGCGUGCCCAUACAUCUGGAUCUGCGUGUCGCAAAAAAUCCUCAAAAGAACGCACGGCUUCUCUGUCUGCUCCGCAAAAGCGCUCCUCGGGUAUCCAGUCUAUGCAUACUUUAUGAUUGCGCCAGAGCUAGCUGGGACGCACCACAAGAUAGCCACCCAACAGUGCCUCGACUAGAAUCCCUAAGAAUAUACUCUCGUAGACCGCAUCCAUCGUUGAGCAGCAUCUUCGACGAUCUGCCUCCUAAUCUUCAAAAGUUAUAUAUCCACAACGCCUUCCCGCCCUGGCAUCUCAUGACGCAGCGAGUCACGGAGCUCACUCUCAUUGUGGACGUCGAUGACGGGAGUUGGUUCCAUGCGCGGGACUUCGUGGACCUACUGUGUCGGCUUUCAAACUUGGCCCUUCUCUGCAUCAAGAACUACAAUACCGAGUUCGAAGGAGACUCGGAGGAAGGGAAUCCCGAGCAUCAUGAUCAAGUGGUCGCGCAGUGUCCGAAACUCAUCAGUGUCACCCUCCACUGUGAAUACAUCGCCGGAUCGCUGUACAUUUUCAACCAUCUCGCAACCCACGCGGAGGCGCAAAUCAGUCUCGCCGGUCUUCACCAGUACAACGAGGUACACCAGACCGCCGCCCUUGCUCGAUUUGCCGAAUGCACGGCAACGAACCCUCUUUGCACGACCAUGCAGACGGUUGGGUGGCACAGUUAUGGUGUCUCCCACUGGCCUACGCCCAAGGAGGAUGGCAGGAUGGACACGGUCUACGAGCGAACGCUCACUUUGUCUGCGUGGCGAGCCGAUCGGCACGAAUAUCUCAUAUCGGAGUACUACGGCUACAGAGCACCCCCAGCUCCUAACUUCAAGCUCACGUUGGGAUUCUUCGCCGUUCCUCGACCCAUAAACUCCAUAGAGGAAAUCCUUCCUUGGCCGCAACCCUUCCCCGCCACACGAAACUUUUCCCUCCAGAUGACGGAGCGCUUCCGUCUCUCCGUGUACUCAUGGCCGGACAUGUUUUCGAGCUUCCCUCGACUUCAAUGGCUGCGCGUCGACAGACAGCUCGCCGAAAGCUUCUUGAGGAGGUUUGGUAAGGAAUACAGCGACGAUGUACCACGGACAGUCAAGACACUCGCGUUGCUAGGCGUCUCAGGCUGGGGAACAGCCGACCAGGACGGCGACGAUACCAAGGACCACAGGUUAGCCAAUUUUUGGAGGAACGCUCGUGAGUCGGGUGGCGCCCUAUCGAAGGUUGUUUUGGGGGAGGUGGCCAGUGAAUGUGAUUGGCAUAACUGCGUCAAAGAGGCCGGGGUGAACAUUGAGUUCAUCAGUCAUCCGCUUUAUAUGGAGGAGGCUCAUGAAGAUUGGGAUGACCGUCUGGGAUGGUAG